AUGACGACAGACACCACGCAUGUGCAGAAACACACCGUUCUGCAUUUAACGUAUUACGAGAUCUUUUCUCUUGAUCCCACUGCAAAGAAUAUUGACUUGGAUGCCGUCCAACGCGCCUAUCGUCGAUUCGCCCUGUUAUUUCACCCGGAUAAAGAUCCCACACCCGCCGCACGAGAGGCGUUUGAUCGUAUUAAACUCGCAGCAGAAACAUUAGCGGAUCCACAAAAGCGAAGAGAUUACGAUGAGGAACUUCUUCACGCCUCGCAUCGACAAGAUAGACAAGAAGGAAUAGGCUCCGCACGGCAGAGACAACAACAGGAAGAAAUGGAAGAAGAGGCCCGAAUGGCAGAUAUGAUAUUACGGCAAAAAGAGGCGGAAUCAGCCGCUAAAGCCGCCGCCACUAGAGAAGAAGAAGAGGAAAAGGAGGCGGCAGCAAAACAAAUGCUGCAUGAACUCACGAAUGUCUUGACAACACCAUUUAAGCGAAUGGAAUCGGCAUUAGUAUAUGAGUGGGAUAUUGAUGAGGAUCUUCUUCAAAUGAAAGAAAAAGAAGUGGAUGCACUAAUGCGAAAAUUACGUCAAUAUGAUAAUACCCAUGGUGGGGAGCAGAAUGAUACAGUAGGUGUUCGUACUGCUGGUACAAAACGGGAGAGAUCUGAAAUAUAG